CAGACGACAGUCUUUCUCACUACUCGUCUGCCACUGCUCUGAGUUGCACUGUGCCGCCAGGAUCUAAUACUCUUAUUUUCAUAACCUUAUUUUUCUACUAGUGCUUCGCCGCUUAUUCGAGGAUCCGAUAUGCUCACCAUUGCACAGAGAGUAGCCAUCAGUGGCGGUCGUGUGAGCAGUCACACAAGGGUACUGCUGGGCAGCAUGAAUGACCUAAGAAGAGAUCGACUGGGGCAGCGCCCUUAUCAUGAACACACGGGCGACAACAUCUGCCCCAACAUGGUCCGGGGUAUCGACUAUCUCCGUGACCCCAGGUUGAACAAGGGUAUGGCCUUUAGUUUAGAGGAACGUCAGGUUUUGGGUCUUCAUGGCCUCAUCCCACCGAGAUUUAAGACUCAAGAGGAACAGGUUGAUUUAUGUCGUAAAAAUAUUGAUCGGUACCAGGAGCCCCUCAACAAAUACAUCUAUCUUGCUGGACUUCAGGAUCGAAACGAACGUCUAUUCUACCGCCUUCUAAGUGAAAACGUGGAAGAGUACAUGCCCAUUGUAUACACGCCCAUCGUGGGUCUUGCUUGCCAAAAGUUCGGUUUGAUUUUCCGCAGACCCCGAGGACUUUUCAUCUCCAUCCACGACAAAGGUCACGUGUAUGACGUCAUGAGAAACUGGCCGGAAAGUGAUGUACGAGCUAUUUGUGUUACGGAUGGGGAGCGCAUUCUUGGUUUGGGAGAUCUUGGCGUCCAGGGAAUGGGUAUUCCUGUGGGCAAAUUGGCCUUGUACACAGCACUGGCUGGAAUUAAGCCCAAUCAGUGCUUGCCCAUUGUCUUGGACGUUGGCACGAAUCGCAAGGAGCUCCUUGAGGACGAAUUCUACAUUGGUGCUCGUCACGAGCGUGUUACGGGCCAAGCAUAUGAUGAUUUCAUCGACGAGUUCAUGCAAGCCGUAGUCCAGCGAUAUGGUCAGAAUACGCUUAUUCAGUUUGAAGAUUUUGGCAACCACAAUGCUUUCCGAUUCCUUGAGAAGUACCGAGGAAAGUACUGCACCUUCAAUGAUGAUAUUCAGGGUACUGCAUCAGUGGCUGUUGCUGGUUUAUUAGCAGCCCUCAGAGUGACUAAUACAAAGCUUUCUGAUCACAAGUUCUUGUUCCAAGGAGCAGGCGAGGCCUCUCUUGGUAUUGCCAACCUUAUCGUCAUGGCAAUGCAAGAAGAGGGAGUUAGCGAGCAAGACGCACGAUCCAAAAUUUGGCUGGUAGAUUCACGAGGUCUCAUUGUGAAGGACAGGCCCAAGGGUGGCAUUUCCGGUCAUAAAGUAUCGUUUGCCCAUGAACACGAACCAAUGGAUGCUUUAGAAGAUAUUGUGCGAGAAAUUAAGCCUACCUCUCUUAUUGGUGCUGCUGCUAUUGGUGGAGUUUUUACACCUCAGUUGUUGAAGGAUAUGGCUUCUUUCAAUGACAGACCAGUAGUUUUUGCCCUUAGCAACCCAACAAGCAAGGCUGAAUGCACAGCUGAGGAAGCAUAUACACACACUGAUGGUAGAGCUGUGUUCGCAUCUGGUUCUCCAUUCAAUGCAGUAACAUACAAAGGUCAAACAUUCCACCCUGGUCAAGGAAACAAUGCUUACAUCUUCCCUGGAGUUGCGUUAGGGGUCAUAUGCACUGGAAUUCAUCAUAUUGAAGAUAGCAUUUUCCUCAUGGCAGCCAGAGCACUUGCUGAUAUGGUAACAGAGAAAGAUCUCUCAGAAGGCCGUCUAUACCCACCACUCUCUGACAUCCGAAAGUGCUCACUGAAAAUUGCAACUUACAUUGCCGAGCAUGCUUAUAAGACAGGUAUUGCAUCAACAUACCCGGAACCAAAGGAUAAAUUUUCCUUCAUUGAGGAACAACUGUACUGCUACAAUUAUGACGGUAAAUCAGCAAUUCCUGAAACAUGGAGUUGGCCUGACCUCUCUAAUUUCAACCCCAAGCUUUGAAAAGACCAAGAGAGUUAUAUGUAAAUUAUUCAAAUUGCACAUUUUAAUAUCUUAUGAAUGUGCAUUUUUUUUAUUUAAGAGAACUGUACAUUGAAACUUCUCCCAUCUUGUGUGAUACUUGAACACUGUAAAACCCCAAUAUUUCAUCUUAGAAAGGGAAGUAAAAUUAUUAAGGCAGUAAAUGAAGAUUCAUCUUAAAGAACAAAUACGUAAAUAUUCCGAUUAAAAGAUCUUUAAGGAACCUGCAUUUACUGUUAAGAUUUUUCCCAAAGAAGUAAUGCAGUGUUCAAGUGUGUGUGCUAUGAGAUAUUUAAGAAAUGCUUUUAUUUAUGCAGUUUACUGCAAUUUUUUUUAUGGUGUAAGCACUCUCCAACAUAAAUUAUUUAUUCACAAAGAGGGUUUCGUAUCACUGGCUAUCUGCAGUUCUACCGUAGACUAUAUUCAUCUCUUCACAAGUCCAAAUCAUCUCUACUUCUGUGUCAUGUGUCAGACUGAAGCACCUCUAAUUGACCUGUAUGUUUGUGCCUUGGUAUUAAAUUAAAUGCACUACACAUUUCAUGAAGCACUUAGGUGCCUGUCCUCUUGUAGAAUCAAUUUAUACUAUACCUCAUGACUCUCAAAUAGCAAGAUUACAAUGCACCACAUUUUAUUCCAGUACCAUUCUUUUAUAGUGUUUAUUUUGUAGUCAGAGGGUAACUUACAUAUAUUUAUCACAUUUUUUAGAUUUAGGACACUAUAAAUUUUGACACAUAGUAUAUUACAGUUUUUGUUUAUGCCUGAAUUAUGUAUAUGCAAUUUGAGCUCAGCAUUUACAGUGUGAUGACUCUUGAUUUGUUCAUUGUAGCUCUUAAGUGACAUUUCAAAUUCAUAUUAGCUCUAAGGGACAUUUCUUAAAGGAAAAGUCUUUCAAUCAUCAAUUUAUAUAGUAAUCAGUAUUUACAACAGGAAAGAAUGGAAUGUCAGUUCAUAAUAAUUCCACUGAGUAGCAGUAAGCAAAGCUGGUUUUUGUAGAUGGAAAUGCUGUGACAUCAGACAAAAACCUGGCUUUGUGUGAUAUCUCUUACUUAAGCAUGGCUACCUAAAUGUACAUAUAAAUGACCGGCUUACUGGGGAUAUCCAGUGCAGAUAUCUGCAGUGAUUAUUUUCUUAGUGGAAGCAGAGGUUAUUUCUUAUAUUUUUCCAAAGUUUGUAAAGCAUAGAUGGUACAAUGAGCUUUUGCCAACUUUUUAUACAUAAGGGGCUUGUGUAUCAUUAAGUAAGUGAGAAACUUUUACAAACCAUAUUAUAUCAAGAGGACCUUGUGAUGAGCAACAUUAAAAAAAAAAAUCAAGAGAUCUACAUUUGAGUGUGUUUAAGGAGAAUGAGUGUUUUGAUUCUGAAUGAAAACUGUGGUACAGGGAGAGGUUAUAUUUUAAGUUGAGUAAUUUGUUAAUAUACUGUAAACUGUUAAUAAGAUGUACUUUAUUUCUUUAUUGUGCUAUACAAGAUGUCUGUAGUUAUGAAAAUAGAAUAAAAUGUAUGUAAAUUUGAAA